CGUCGUUCCGGUGGAAACGAGAGGAAGAAGAGAUCUCUCUCGUUCGUUUUUUUCCCCGGAAAAUCCGGUUUUGAGAGAAAGUUACAUCGAAAAUUCGUUCCUUUCACUCAAUCCACGAGAGUUUUCACCCUCUCUUCUUCUUCUUCUUCUUCUUCUUCUUCAAUCUCUCAUCGUCGUCACUUCCUCGUUUCUCGUUUUCGCAUUAUUUUUCUCCUCCUCUUCCUCUUCCGAGAAUUUUUGAUCAGAUCUAAUUUAUUCAGAAUAGGUUAAGUAAUUAAAUUCUAUAGAGCAAUGCUUACGGAUCGAGGGAGGCGGAUUUCUAUUUGCAAUGGCAGUUUUGAAUUUGGCAAUAGAAAAUUCCGUGGUGAUAAUGGUUACGGAUUCGUAGAUCUCUCUCAAGGUUGCCGUGAAAGGAGUCCUUCGAAGUCAUCAUCUUCUGUUUCGAAAAUCCUGCGUAUUUCCUCACCGACCUCGUCUCCACCUUCUUCUUCAGCUUCUACCGGCGCUGGUUAUAUCGAACACCAUGUCUCCAAGCUCGAUACUCUCGCUGGCGUUGCCAUUAAAUAUGGCGUUGAGGUUGCAGAUAUUACGAAGCUGAAUGGGCUUGUUACUGAUCUUCAGAUGUUUGCUCUCAAGACUCUCAAGAUACCUUUACCUGGGAGACAUCCUCCUUCUCCAUGCUUAUCUAACGGCUCUGUUAAUCAUGGAGAGGGGUGUUCCGAGCAAGCUUCACCACCAGCAAGCAAUGGCAACCACCAAGAUGUAUUUGACUCCUUCUUGUCUUUGAGAUUGAAGCCUUCAGAAAAGAAGGUUUCUCCAGCCAUGAACUCCUUGCAAGGUUAUUAUGGAUUGAAACCAAAAAACAGAAGAGCUUCUGAAGGUUUUGAGAUGGCAGUGUACAAGAAAGAGUCUUCUCAUCCCCAAGACGAGGAUCAGUACCUCACUCCCUUCCCAGCCACCAAUACCCCCUUAAGUCACCACAGAAAAUCAAGAAGCUUGGUAGAUGCAGUUAUCGCUGAGGUCAACCAAUCACCCAACCAUUUAAAGGCAGGUGGAGGAAGAGGAGAAGUGAAUUCUGAUAAACCAAUGAGAAGGCGCCAAAAAUCUGAAGCCGAUUUUAAUUCACGAGCUCCAGAACUGCUUUUGAAAGAGGAUAACAGAAACUGUAGUGGCGGGUUUUCUGCAAUAGCUGGCAAAGGUUUAGCACUGAGAUCCAAAGCAUCGAGCAGAGCUAACUUAUCAGCAGAUACUGAGACCGGUAAUGUCAAUCCCAUACCAAUCAAUUUAAUGGAUGCUCCUGCGGGAGACAGCUUCUCGAGCGUGAGGAAAUCGUUUAGCGCCUCUAGUCUGCAAGAACCAGGCUGUAACAGCAACGGUUCAUCGUUAUGGCCAACCUCGAAAUGGACCCUGAAACCUGAUAUACUGACACAAGCAGCCAUGGCGAGUUCUAUUUUUGAUGGAUUGCCUAAGCCUUUAACUGGUAGGAGGAACAAAAAGGCUGUUGACUAAGGUUAGUUAGGUUCGUCCGUCUCAUUGUUAUUGACUGUCCACUCUUGGAUUGUGCAAGUCGAUAGCUAUUAGAUUCGGAAGUAAAUAGAAGUAAAAAGUGUAUUAUUGCAUUUCAUUUAUUAUUUAUUAUAUAAACAAUAAUGUCAUUAGGCAGUGAAGGUGAGAGUCAAAUUAGGCAAUAAUUUUUGUUGGAAUCCAAGAGAUUAUUAACAUUUUGAUUUGUAUGUUAGGUGAAUAAUGGAAUACCAGAAUAUUCAAACUA